AUGUGUCAUGUCAUUGUAACGUGUCGGUCGAUGCUAUGGACUCUCCUGAGUAUUGUCGUGGCUUUCGCAGAGCUCAUCGCUUUUAUGAGCGCAGACUGGCUGAUUGGUAAAGCAAAGCCUUCAAGCUCUGAGGAUGUGGACAACAGAACAGGGGGGUCACAGGAGCCUUACCAUCCAACGCUGGGCAUCUAUGGGCGCUGCACCAGAAUCUCUCACAUGCAGCUUUCUAGACGAGACACGCUUUGUGGUCCUUACGCUGAAAACUUCAAUGAGAUUGCCAGUGGGUUCUGGCAGGCAACCGCUAUUUUCCUAGCCGUGGGAAUCAUGAUCCUCUGUGCCGUGGCAUUUGUGUCUGUCUUUACUAUGUGUGUGCAGAGUAUUAUGAAGAAAAGCAUUUUUAAUGUCUGUGGGCUGCUACAAGGGAUUGCAGGCCUCUUCCUUAUCUUAGGCUUGAUACUUUACCCUGCAGGUUGGGGAUGCCAGAAAGCAAUAAGCUAUUGUGGACCUUACGCUUCUGCUUACAAACUAGGAGACUGCUCCUUGGGCUGGGCUUUCUACACAGCUAUCGGUGGCACUAUUCUGACGUUCAUCUGUGCAGUCUUCUCGGCGCAAGCUGAAAUAGCCACAUCGAGUGACAAAGUACAAGAAGAAAUAGAAGAAGGAAAAAACCUUAUCUGCCUCCUUUAACUCCAGUGGGGACAACCACCAGCGCCUGGAUCUCAGUCUGCUUUCCAUUGACUGGACAAGCAGACCCGCUUACCUGAUUCUACCAUUUGUGUGAUUGAGCCUCAUGCAUUCCAGCCAUGAACUACUGAAAUGUUUUUUCUUUCUUGGUGGGCAAUGGGGAUCAGAAAAAGGAUGCCAAGAAAGCAGAAUGUAAAUACUUGGGGAUUUUUUUAGUUUCAUUCUAUGAUCAGGACACAGUAGGAUACAUUAAUCUGACUGGGGAGGUGAGCAAUUGUGUACAUAGAAGGAAU